AUGGCGGUUCCUUCUGAAGGUUGUGAAGAGUGCGGCUUGCCUGAGAUAUGGCUCUGUGGCCGGGACGGCAUACGACACCAGUUUCAGCAGCCAUUAUCUGCUCUCAAUCUGGAGCAACGGGACGAAUGUUUCGCACUGGUAUUUGCGCGGGCAAAUACAAUUACUGAAUGCAAAUCCUGUCGAGCCGAGUUGGCCAGGCGAUUCUCUGUCCCAACGUUUUGGUGGACGCAAUACUGCAAGAGGGCCAAUGGGUACUUUGGCUCACAAGAGAUUGUACUUGGCGGCGACAGCCCUCCAGGAAUUACCACUUGGGCACGCUUCCUGAUUAAGCUUGUGCAGGGAGGCGACGAUUAUACGUGGAUAAAGCUCAACAUCAUGACACACUCUUUAUCCGCAAAGAACCAAAUCAUGAUGGUGUUUGAUGCUACCGAAAGCACCCGAGAGCGGCUUCUCGCGUCUCUCAUGGACGACGGCCGAAAUGAAGAAAUGACGGAUCUAUUUUGGAUCUAUCACCGCAUCUUGAAUGAUGUAAUGGACCUGCAUGAUCAAUCUAUAUGGGGCUUGAGGACCCAUGUUCGAACGGUAGAGCGCUCAUCCUCGGAGAGGUCGCUCUCGGACAAGUCGUCGGCGGAGAGCACUGCAGAUCGGCCAAAUUAUCGCAAACUACAUGAUCUUGCUCGACACGCCAUCCACAUUGCGGAAACUACUGCAACAACCAUCAACACCAUCCACGGAAUCGUUGCUGCGCAUGGUGAAUACAUGAAGAGUGCCAGUACAGACGCAUCAGACUCUUUCCAGAGCAUCGCGCGGCGCGUCCAGAAUCGCCUCCUUCUUUACAGCCAAGUCGCACUCGGCCUCCAGAACAGGGCCGUGGCAACCAAGGACAGACUACACAAUGAGAUACAGCUCUCAUUCAACAUGGUGACGCAGAAUGACGCUGCGACGACCAUCGACAUUGGUCUCAUUGCCAAGGAAGACAGCACAGUCAUGAGGAAGAUUGCGUACCUCACAAUGGUGUUUUUGCCGGCCACUUUUGUCUCGGCCAUUUUCAGCACGUCGUUUUUCAACUUCAACCCCGAGCUCGAGAGGUGGAGGGUGUCGGAGAUGUUUUGGGUCUACUGGGCGUGUUCAGCGCCGGUGACUCUGGUGGCAAUAGCUUCGUUUCGGUUCUGGGGACGCGCUUGA